ACAGUUGUUGCUGGUCACCAGGCACAGUGCCAUGAUAUGGACAGACUGACAGGUCUGCUUUCACAGACAAGACUAAUAUCAUGCUAAACCUGACUGGUGACCCUCUAUAACUAUUUUUCAUGCCUAUAGAAAAAAAAAUACGGAAGAACCUAUUUUAGAGGGGGGAAAAAAGGUGGAAAUUCUUUUUGCUAUUUGAGUGCCUUGAAAGUGGGGCUUAAGACAUAGGAAGUCAUAGAAUUUAAAUCAUAGCAAUGGCAGACCAAGGAAUUUAUGUGGGUCAUCUGGGAUUUGUUUUUUUACUACAUUUAAGUUUUAUGUAUGACCUGUAAUCACUUGCUGGGGCAAAAAGCAAAUGCAACAGAAGGGGCAGGAGGAUGUGAGCAAAUCAUGCUUGACUGUGAAAUGGUGCACCUCAACCCUGCUUUGAAAGAACCACUUCCUGGGCAGGGAGUAACCAUGAUUGCAAGCCUCCCUCUGACUAUGGGAGCCUUUUGAAAAUGCUGUUACAUAAAUGCUAUAUUUUGGCUCAUUCUGUGGAUCCUUUUCUCACUAGGAACUGUACUAAAACUUCUAAGAGGUUUAUGAAACGGGUAUUAGACAUAAAUGUUUUUUUCUAAAUGGGAUUAAGUCCAAGAUUCAGUCUUUAAAGUUCCCUUACAUUUCUUAAACUACCACAGUCCAUUUCCCAUGUGUCUAUACCCACAUUUAUUUUCUUAACACUCUUAAAAUUAUUGGUGCAAACUUGACUUUUCUUAUUGAUCUCUCUUUUUUUGAUCAUUCUGGUGUACUUCCCCUUCUGUUUCAAAUGUCUUUGACUUUUCUACUCUCUCUUUUGCUUUUCAUAUAGAAUUUAAAUGCUGUGCCAACAAAGCACUGAAGUAAAAGCUUAUAUUUUGAUGUGAUGAUAUUCCCCAGUGCAUUUGACCCACCAUUCACAAUAAAGCCUUACUCCUUGCUGGAUGACUCAUAUCAGGAAGUAACUUUUAAUGGAUGUUUUUUGUGCAAAUAUCCUAUGCCACCUCCAUAUUAAAGAGAUCAGUUGUUUAUGAGAGAACUCUGGCCUAUAUCUUUCAAUAGGGAAGUUUGUCAGUGUAGUACUACAGUUGAGAUUUAAAUAAUUUUGCCUGGAAAUCUUUUGGAGCAUCCCCCACUGCCACUGUAAUCAUGUCUCUUUUUAUGCUUCUGGUGAUGGAUCCAUGUAUUUUAGCUGGAUCUUAGGAGAACUAUGCAGUUAUAGAUACUAAAGGUGAACUUCAGAGUGUUCUAGUUUAAAGAUAGGCCAGGGUGGUAGCUGUGAGGUGCCCUAAACAUCUGGCAGCAGGGCAGAUGACCACAUAGUGGUUUAAUUCCACCUCACAAUGUAAGUGGACUUCAUCAUGUAAAAUACAAAUAGCACUUAUCAAACCCCUCUGAUAUGGAGGUUUUCCCCUUUUAGAAAAUAAUUUCUCUUUGCCUAAGAUUUAGAAAAGGACGUUGGAAACUAGGUCUUAGCAUCUUAUUUCAGAAGUGAGAUGAAAGAACAGAUUUGGGCUAGAGGGCUUGAACCCUCUCUUGGCACACAGUUUAGGAACAUACAGUCUCUUGACAGAGGUGUCAUCUUAGAAAUGUUUGAGGUUUUUUCCUUCCACUUUUCCCAUUGGAAGGCUGAUUCCAAAUCCAGUUAAAGGCUAGGAACUUUAUUUGCAUUCUGAGCCUAAAUAUAUUCAGGAACAACCUUUAUCCAUUUGUUUUGUGACACCAUUACCUUUUAUCUUGAAUAGUUCUUUAUUAAUAAUUAAUAGGGUAUUAAUUAAUAUUUAAUAGAGAGCAAACACAUCCUCCCUUACCUUUCCCCUUAGCUGUUUCACUUCAUUUUGCUAGACUAAACAAUCUAAGCUCCUCUAAUCUCCCUUGAAGAAAAGAAAGCUCUCUCCAAAAUGAUUUUUGCAGACAUUUUCUACACCUGGUCUAUUUUCAUUUUAUGAUGGCCAAACUCCAGCUUGCAAAAUGCAUGUGGCUCAUGAGCUCUUACAAUGUGUCUCUUUUGCUGAUUAUUCAGUGUUAGUGCUGCUGCCCAAAAUACAAGUGAAGUGUAUUGCCAGCACUGCAAGGUAAGAAAAUGGAAUAAAUAGGCACAGGAUCAAUGCACAAUGCCCUGGUACAUGUGAUGCUUCUAGUAUUAAGAAGCAGCUUCCAACUCUUCUGUGUAUUCCACAGUGUUGGCAGGACCAAGGAUGCAGGAACAAGAUUGCAUUAAAAGCAUCCACUUCAAGAAACUACAACAGUGUUUAUUCAAGCUUUGAAUUUGGAAGUCGUGCCGGGAUCCCUGCCACGGCACGCUUGAACCGUGAAACCCAGAGCCUAAUGAGCUGUGUCUGGGCCCUGUGCUUGGUGAUAUCCCAUCUCAAGAUGCUGCUAAUACAGUAGCGAAUUAUUCCUAACUGAAGAAGUCUAACACAAGAAAAAAUAUCCAGGGAAUAGCAAUGGCUGCCGCAGCUGAUGGUUUGGGAAGUAUAGCUAUAGAUACCACACAGCUUAACAUGUCAGUCACUGAUCCCACGGCUUGGGCUACAGCUAUGAAUAAUCUGGGGAUGGUUCCAGUAGGACUAGCAGGACAACAGCUUGUGACAGAUUCAAUCUGUGUACCAGGCUUUGAUCCAAGCCUUAGCAUGAUGACUGGAAUCACUCCGAUUAACCCAAUGAUACCAGGCAUGGGGUUAGUGCCGCCACCACCACCAACAGAUGUGCCUGUAGUCAAAGAAAUAAUUCACUGCAAAAGCUGCACGCUCUUCCCUCCAAACCCAAAUCUUCCACCACCUUCAACAAGAGAGAGACCUCCUGGGUGUAAAACAGUGUUUGUUGGAGGAUUACCAGAAAACGCAACGGAGGAAAUUAUUCAGGAAGUCUUUGAGCAGUGUGGAGAUAUAACAGCAAUUCGGAAAAGCAAGAAGAAUUUUUGUCACAUUCGUUUUGCAGAGGAGUUCAUGGUUGAUAAAGCCAUUUACCUUUCUGGUUACCGCAUGAGAUUAGGAUCUAGCACAGACAAAAAGGAUUCAGGUCGCCUUCAUGUUGAUUUUGCUCAGGCAAGAGAUGACUUUUAUGAAUGGGAAUGCAAACAAAGAAUGUUGGCCAGAGAAGAACGCCACAGACGCAAAAUGGAAGAAGACAGACUGCGCCCUCCUUCACCUCCAGCAAUAAUGCAUUAUUCUGAACACGAAGCUGCUUUGCUGGCUGAAAAAUUGAAAGACGAUAGCAAGUUUUCCGAGGCCAUCACGGUGCUGCUCACCUGGAUUGAGCGGGGCGAGGUGAAUCGUCGCUCUGCCAACCAGUUCUAUUCCAUGGUGCAGUCGGCCAACAGCCACGUCCGCCGGCUCAUGAACGAAAAGGCGGCUCACGAGCAGGAAAUGGAGCAAGCCAAGGAGAGUUUCAAAAAUGCCUUAACAGGGAUCCUCACUCAAUUUGAGCAGAUUGUCGCCGUUUUCAACGCUUCUACCAGACAAAAAGCUUGGGACCAUUUCUCGAAAGCCCAGCGAAAGAACAUAGACAUUUGGCGAAAGCAUUCUGAGGAGCUCCGAAAUGCUCACAGUGAACAGCUCAUGGGAAUCCGCCGGGAAGAGGAGAUGGAAAUGUCCGAUGAUGACAGUGGUGACAAUCCCAGUAAAAAGCUGAGAGUAGAUGAUUCAGGUAAAUAUAUGCAAGUGUUGUUUUAUUAAAAGCAAACAAAAACUUACAUAUGAGAAGUGACA